AUGAUGCAUUUUCAGCAAGCAUUGGCACUAGCAGUAUGCAUUUUCAGACAAGUGAAAGCAAGGCCACCAGUGUUGCAUGCUCACCUUGCUGGACAGCAGCCGGUGGUGGGGAUGGAGCAGCAGCAGGCGGUGGAGGUCGUCGAGGACGUCGAGCCGUGGCCGAGCUGCGACGGCGCCAGCGGCAACUACGCGGCCGGCAGCGCCUACGGCAACAACACCCAGCAGCUCAUCCUGGACCUCCAGACGAACGCGUCAGCCUCGCCCGCCAACUUCGCGUCGGGCUUCGUCGGCGCGGGCGCGGGCACCGCCGUCGUCUACGGACUCAUGAUCUGCCGCGGCGACGUCAGCACCAGCGACUGCUUCGACUGCGGCACCCGCGCGUGGCAGGACGUGCAGCCGCUCUGCAACCGCACCCGGGACGCCGCGCUCGUCUACAACCAGUGCUACGUCCGCGUCGCGGGCACGAACUUCCUCGCCUCGCCCAACAACACCGGCAUGGUGCGCGUCGUCGGCGGCGCCACCAUCGCCGGCGGCGUCGACGUCGCCGCCUACGACGCGGCGCGCUCAGGCGGCUGCUCAACGCCACCGCGCAGUACGCGGUGGACAGCAGCUCGCCCCGUCGUCGUCGUCGCCGAGUCUCUACUUCGCGGUGGGGCAGCUCGUGGGGCUCGACCCGCGGGUCCCCAACAUCUGGUCCCUGGCGCAGUGCGCGGGGGACCUGACGCCGGCGCAGUGCCGGAGGUGCCUGGACGACCUGAUGGCACUGUGGUGGAACGAGAGGGUUCAAGCCCGACGGGGCAAGCGCGAGGUAAAAAUAAUUCAGAGGGCAAGCUUUUUGGAAUCAUAUUGCCUAUAGUGUUUGUUGUUGUAGUAACUGCCAUAGCCCUAUAUGUUUGUAAAAAGAGAAGAUCUCGAGGAAUAAAGCUACCCCAUGGAACUCAUACGGUUGAGGACUUCGGAAGCAUCAAGUCAACAUUAUUAUCAUUAUCAUCACUACAAGUUGCAACAAAUAACUUUGAUGAAAGCAAUAAACUUGGUGAAGGGGGAUUCGGUGUAGUUUAUAAGGGAGAUCUUUCCGGACAGGAAGUGGCUGUGAAGAGGAUGUCAAAGGGUUCGGGUCAGGGGCUAGAAGAACUAAAAAAUGAACUAGUUCUGGUUGCCAAACUUCACCACAAGAACCUCGUUCGCGUAGAAGGUUUCUGCUUAGAAGAGGGAGAAAGAUUGCUUGUCUAUGAGUACAUGCCCAACAAAAGCCUCGAUACUAUUAUUUUUGACCCCGAGGAAAAAAUGCAGCUAGACUGGAGGAAACGGUUCAACAUAAUAGAAGGAGUUGCUAGAGGAUUACAAUAUCUCCAUGAGGAAUCUCAAAAGAAGAUAAUACAUCGUGACAUGAAAGCGAGCAAUGUUUUGUUGGAUGCAGACAUGAAUCCUAAGAUUGGAGACUUUGGCCUAGCUAGGCUCUUUGAGCAAGAUCAGACUAGAGAUCUCACAAAACACAUUGUCGGGACAUUUGGCUACAUGUCUCCUGAGUACGUGAUGCGUGGGCAGUUUUCCACAAAAUCAGAUGUGUUCAGUUUCGGGAUCCUUGUUAUAGAGAUCGUAACAGGGUGGAGAAACACGGGGCAUUACUUCUAUGAUGAGCAAAAUGAAGAUAUUAUAAGCCUUCAGAGUCCCAUGGACCGACCUACGAUGUCUGAUGUCAUGGUGAUGCUCAGUGGUGAUGAUACUAGUUCUCUACCACCUGCUGCGAGACCCACAUUUUUCUUGGAUAGAAGCACAGUUUACUCCUAUAAUUCAUGUACUAUUACGCAUCUGUCUGCCAGAUAG